CUUCCCUUCUUCCUUCCCUCUGCAUAGUAUGAUAGAUACAUCAGGGUAGUACAACAGGCUCGUUACAUUGUACUGCAUCCGUUACACGUGCGAGCAGAUGUUGCCCCGUUUCAGCUCCUCCAGCGACAGUUCGUCCUCCGGGAGCGAUUAUGAUGAGGAGAUUGUCAACACCCCAUCCUUCAUGAGAAUAUCGGGCCCAUCACGCUUUACCAGAAGGGCUGCUCCUGCUCCCGCCUCCACGGAUGAUGACGACGACGAUGACCAUGACGGUCUGCGCCCAGCUCCCAUAGAGCAUGAGUUAUCUGCAGCGAAGGGCAAGCGCAAGGUGACCUUGCGCACACCCGUCGCCUCCGCCCCUACUGCCAAGAAGCCCAAGAUAAGAGGAGCGCGUCGUAUGGCCCGUUCCACUGCCCGAACCCCUAUCCGCAGAUCUGCUCCCGCGACUACUACCAAAGGUAGUAGCAAGAAGGUGCCCGUGCGUGGUGCUGCGCGAGAUUAUACGUGUGACUCCUGUGUCGGUCGGUUGGGAAAGUCCGCCGCUGCCUGUUUCGACCAAUUGGGCGUUGAUUCCGGCCGUUGCUUCGCCUGUGCGGUGGGUAACCACAAGUGCGCUCCCCUGUGAAGAUAUAGAUAAGAAGGAGAUGAUGAUGCGUGAAGAUGGGGGACUCGUGUCCUACUCUGCCUCUGUGCCUCUU